UGCCCGCUGUGCAACACCACCCGCCGGCGGCUGACCUGCGCCAAGUGCGUCCAGAACGGCGACUUCGUCUACUUCGACGGCCGCGACCGUGAGAGGUUUAUAGACAAGAAGGAACGGUUAAGCCAACUUAAGAGCAAACAGGAAGAAUUUCAAAAAAAAGUGUUAAAAGCUAUGGAAGGAAAAUGGAUAACAGAUCAGUUGAGAUGGAAAAUAAUGUCCUGCAAGAUGAGGAUUGAACAGCUGAAACAAACAAUAUGCAAAGGAAAUGAAGAAAUGAAGAAAAAUUCUGAAGGCCUUCUCAAAACCAAGGAAAAGAAUCAGAAGCUUUAUACUCGAGCACAGCGGCAUCAAGAGAAAAAGGAGAAGAUCCAGAGGCAUAACCGCAAACUGGGGGACCUAGUAGAAAAAAAGACCAUCGACUUAAAAAGUCAUUACGAGCGUCUGGCAGAUCUUCGGCGGUCUCAUAUAUUAGAGCUCACCUCUGUCAUCUUCCCAAUUGAGGAAGUGAAGACUGGUGCGAGAGAUCCCGCGGAUGUGUCUUCAGAGAGUGACAGUGCCAUGACCUCCAGCACCGUGAGCAAGCUUGCUGAAGCCCGGAGGACGACCUACCACUCAGGGAGAUGGGUCUGUGACGACCACAAUGGGGACACCAGCAUCAGCAUCACAGGGCCUUGGAUGAGCCUCCCCAACAACGGGGACUAUUCUGCCUACUACAACUGGGUGGAAGAGAAGAAAACCACGCAGGGGCCUGACAUGGAGCAUAACAACCCUGCUUACACCAUCAGCGCUGCGCUGUGCUAUGCGACUCAGCUGGCCAACAUCUUGUCUCAUAUACUCGACAUAAAUCUCCCCAAAAAGCUGUGCAACAGUGAAUUUUGUGGGGAAAAUCUCAGCAGACAGAAAUUUACUCGAGCAGUAAAGAAACUGAAUGCAAAUAUUCUUUACUUGUGCUUUUCUCAGCAUGUAAAUUUAGACCAAUUACAACCACUGCAUACCCUCAGGAAUCUAAUGUACCUGGUUAGCCCGAAUUCUGAACACCUAGGCAGGUCGGGACCCUUUGAAGUGCGCGCAGACCUUGAGGAGUCCAUGGAAUUUGUGGAUCCCGGAGUUGCUGGAGAAUCAGAUGAAAGUAGAGACGAGCACAUAAGUGAUGAGGAAACCGACUUGGGCACAGAUUGGGAGAACUUGCCAAGCCCCCGGUUUUGUGACAUCCCUUCUCAGCCCGUGGAGGUCUCGCAGAGCCAGAGCACCCAGGCCUCCCCGCCCAUCGCCAGCAGCAGUGCGGGCGGGAUGAUCUCCUCCGCUGCAGCCUCGGUGACCUCCUGGUUUAAAGCUUACACUGGACACCGUUAACGAGCAUGGAUCAAAAUGUGCCAGAUUCGCAUCAGGAAAGUAAACUAGUAAACUAUGUAUUUAGGCCAGAGGACCCAGACCCAGCCGACAUGUUGGUCCUCGUGAUGCUGAGACUAUUCCUGUCACUUUAUGUUGUAGAGAUUGAAUCUCAAGGAACUGAUUCUUGAUGAUUAGGACUUGAAAGAUAGAAAACUGUUUAAUAUGAGUUUGUUUUUAUGCGAUCAUUUUUGUACAGAAAACCAGCAGGCAAUUUGAGAUACUUGAUUUCUUUAUAAUUUGGUCACGUUUGGUUUUUAGGUCAAGGAUUUUGGUUUUGUUUGGAAGGGUGGUGUUUAUUUGCGGGGGGGGGGAGUAAUUUAAACAUUAUUUCACUUGUGCUGCUCUGUUGUAGCUCAUCAGACAUUCCUGUUUUUCUUUCUCCCCACACACCAAAGAAACUAAGCUCUUUUCUUUAGGACCCAUAUCCAUGAACAGAAGAAAUUCUAGCUGCAAUAAUGUCCUAGAGAUUGUAAACCUAUUUUCUUAUAUUCUGAGUGGAAUUUAGUUCAUUCUUACCUAGAUUAUUGAAUUCCUACCAUCUACACUAUAUGCAGUUUGAAAUGAAACUUAUUUUCUAUGAGUGAAAGAUUAAGUCAUUAAGGUUGUUUGCUAAUGAGGUUACUAGUAAAAGCCACUUUUAAUUAGGUGGCAGGUUUUUCCAGGGAAAGCUAUCCAGCCUGUUUCCUAGAAGUCUUUGUUGCUCUAAGGACACUACCUUCCUCAGAAAUGGCGAGGAAAUCAUAGCUGGUACUCCUGUCUCCUGGGGAAGCUCCAGGGAAGGAUGUUUCCUCACCAAGAGACCAUUUUCAGCUCGUUUCUUGUCAUUCUCUAGUGACAAUCUUUUAAGAAAACCGUAGAGAGGCAUUAUGUACAAAUAUGUAAGUAGUUUAUUUUUAAUAACUGCAAAAAAAAAUCCUAUGUAACUACAAAAAGAAAGCCUAUGAAAAAUUCCUAACAGGCAUUAUUACCAUAUCUUGUUAGUGUGAUUAGCAUGAUAGUACCUCAGAUAAAUCACUUGGGGGUUUGCCCUGCCCUAGCUUCUUUUCUCGUUGUAAUUAUUAGAGAUGAUCUUUGCCUCCAAACCCGAGGUGCUAUAUAGCUUUUGCUAUUGGUAUAUUUAGUGUUUGGCAGAGUUUGGGGUAGAGUUGCAGAAGGGUUGUUUAUUCCUGCCCAGGAGUCCCAAGUUCCCUGAGUAUGAAUUUGCCACUUUAGGAGGAAACAGGCUCUGUUUUAACUGCUCAGCUUUAUGCUGCUGGGCCUGUGUUGUACCGUCCAGGCCUGUGAUUCAUGGAGUGGUUGACUUGAACAAACACCAAGUGAACUUAACAUCCCAUGAGGUAAGACUUACCAGGUACUUCCAGCCCUCAAAAAGAGCUUAGUCUCAAGAGUUGAAAGACUGGGAUUUGGGGCUUGAGGGUAGAGCUUGACUUCAGCUGAAAGAUGCACAAUAGUCACGGUUGUUCUCAAAUUAGCCUCUUGGAAACCACGAAUGUGAGAUGAAGCUUAAGAACAGAAUCCAGAGAUCACAAACUCAUAACUAGAGUAAUUCAACAAACCGUGCAAGGAUAUGGGAGAUGUAGGGAUAGGGUAUAUUUUGUUGUUGUUUUCAACUAGAGGCACUUUACUUAGGGUUAAAAUGAUCAAACCCUUUAGUGGUUAUGAACACCAACGUACUGGCUUACACUGCUGAGGUAUUUUGGUUUUCAUUAUUUUGCACUGGAUCCACCCUGUAAAUAUUCUUAAGUAUACAUUUCAACCACUGUUUUUUCUAUUCUUUUUGCUGCUCAUUAAAUUCUUUCAUGUAGGUGCCAGAACCAUAUGUAAACAGCUUUUUAAAAAAUUGAAGCUGGUUUUUAUUUUUAAACAAAAAGCCAUAGACCUUGGUCCUUUAUUCCACAUUAAAAUGAUUUGUUGAAACAAAAUAAUACUAAUAAAAAUCCAGAGGCACCAAUAGGCCACUUAAAAUGGUUUGCUAAAGACUUUUUUGUAAUGGAGCCUAAGAAAAGUUUUGCACAUCUGUAAGUUAAGACAAAAAACAUGUCAGCAUUGGGUCUAGCAGACAGGAUACAUUUAAGGAUUCGUGUGUUGGUAAUUUGGAAAAAAGCAUUUGGUGGCAUGCUGUUAAAAGAACUACAGUGUCUGGGAAUCUCUUCCAUGGUGUCAUGUUGCAGGAAUUUCCCAUUGCUCUGCAACUUCCAAAUCAGAUUGAGUCAUACAAAUGUUUUCUAAACUUUUAUUGUAUUAUUACAAUAAACCUUUUACCAGUA